AUGAUCAGCGGACGGCAGUACUACGAGAUCCCACCCGUUCGAGGUGGUGGCGGUGGUGGUGGUGCGGGCAACGCGGCGAACGGUUACGGCGGCGUCCAUCCGCAUCGAUUCGACCCGACAUUCGGUGACGGCUACGGCCACGGCCACGGCCACGGCCACGGCCACGGUUACAGUCGCAGCGGCGGUCAUGGUGGCUACCAUUACGAUCGCAACCACGGGACUCGCCAGGCCCAGCAGGAGGAGGCAGGCUACCCGUACGGAUACGACGACAACGACGUUAAGCCCGCUCGGGCGGCUCCCGCUGCGAGGCAAUCCCUCUCGGCGCUGGACGAGAAGCGUGCCAACGAGAUCCGUCGCGGCGUCUACGCACACGUCUUCCUCGACGUCAAAAAUAGCAGCAAAUCAGAAGUCUUGAUCCAGCAACACAAGAGAAGAGCCUCCGCCUCACCUGCUGCUUCUACUUACGUCGUCCGCGAUGGAAACCGCUUGAGAGUUCCAGGCCGUUUCUCCUCUCGCCCAGCCGUCGCCGCCGCAGCUACCCUGAAUCCCAUUAUGGCCGCCAGCCACGGACCCGCCCCGGCAUACUUCGGAGCCCCGGAUUUGUAUCCCAAACGUGAUCAGUCGAUGAAUGCGAUGGCGCCCGCACGAUCGAGCCCGCGGAUCGCCCGCGUUCCCUACGCCCUGCAGACCACACCCGCCGAAGAGAAGGGUGUCGUUGAGGCCAUGCCCACGCCUCUGAACAGGCCGCGGAAGCUGUCCCAGGCCUCCACCGUUACCGUCACCAGCAUCAACAGCCCGAGAGACAGCUUCGACUCGCGGUCGAGGAGUUCAUCGUGGAGCAGCAACAGAUCGAGUUUCGAAUCGAGGGACUCAUGGAAGCCCGAUUAUCUGCAGCAACGACCGACCAUCCCCGCAGCAUUUAGGAAGAAGGCCAAGCCCGGGGAGAUUUUCGCGAGGCUGCCUGGGGAGGUGUUGGAAUUGAUCUUGGACGAGCUGAAGAAAUCACACCUGGAAAAGGGAAGCAACAGCUGCGCGACAUGUUGGAUGAGGGAUGUAUGCUCCGUCAGCCUAAGUGCUCGGAAAUGGUGCAAAUUCGCACGGGUGGCCUUAUAUGAGGACAUUCAACUGGUGGGCCUUGAUUCGACAUCACAGAAGAAGAAGUACAAGCUCGGCUUCGGCUCCAGAAUGAUGCUCCUCCGGCGGACUCUGAGAGCCAACUCAUAUCUCGCCGCUAUGGUUCACACCGUGAAGGUUCCCAGCGCGCCUGCAGGCAUUGCGCUGGAAGAUUAUUACAACCAGGUGGCCGCGCUGGUCAUGGCCUGCCCCAACUUUGAGCGUCUUAUGGGCAUCCACCCCCAGUAUGACCACUCAUACAGCAAGCUCUUCCACGCCCUCUCGACUCGCAAGCGUCUUAAGCACAUGGACUGGAUCGUUCAGACCUCGCCGUUCCAGCGACAGCACCGAUUCCGAACCACUUCGUCGGAGAGCGUCCCGACGCUGAGCCAGCCGCAACGCGAAAACGUAACCCCGGGAGACCUGCAACCGCACCAGAGCGCGACAUUCCUCGAUUUCCACGUCGACUGGGCUCACCUUACCACUCUCACAAUCCACUGCCUCCCCGGUGCGACACUUACACCGGACAACCUCGUCAGCUCGGCGUUGAUGCACCUGACGUCCCUGCAGCACCUUUACCUGUCUCGGAUGCCAGUAACGGCUUUCAACGACAGCACUCUCCUCACGCUGCCCCCCUUGCGCACGCUAUCCCUUUCUCACGUACCCGGCGUCACCAGUGCCGGUAUCUCGGCCUUGGCAACUCUGCCCACAAGCCAGGCGAUCCAGAAAUUGACUCUGCGCCACACCAACCUCGACUCCCUCCCCGCCCUGGCCCGCAUAUUCUCUAACUUCACCUACCUCGAAGUCUUCACCCUCGUCCAGAGCUUCGCGCCUACCCUCCCCGAGGACACCUUCAUCUGGCUGAUGCCGUAUCUCGCCUCCGGCUCCCUGCGCAAGCUCCACUGGGACAUCACGAGCAACACCACGAACGCCAACGCGGCCGAUUCCAUCCUGGCCCGAAGCAUCGCCGCCGGCGGCUUCCCCUCCCUCCGCAGCCUCCGCACCCCCAACGACCCCGAGGGUGCUUUCCAAGCCCUCUGCCGCCCGGUCGAACGCGUCGAUUUCUCCAGCGACCGGUUCCGCACCCCCGUCGCAAGAAGCGCCUCCUUCCCCGCCGCCACGCCGCACGCCCCGACCACGAAACCCAAAUCACCGACGUCCGCCGGCGGCGCCGGGCUGCCGCCCCCGUCCGAGACAUUCCGCGAGUCCAGCGACCUCCACCAGGCCCGACUGGCAGCGCAAGCCCGCCUCGAGGCCGCGCGCCCGUUCCCGCGGUUCUUCGUCAACGUAAUCGACGAGGACGGCACCCUGCUGGAGAAGUACGGCCUCGCGGGGUUCAUGGGCACCAUCGAGAGCCGCAUCACGUACAACCUCCGCCCGGACCCGGGGGCCAAGGACGAGCGCGGCGGGCUCGUCGAGAUGGCGGACCUGAUGGGCAGCAGCCACGGCGAGGACAUACCGAACGGGAAGGAGGGCUGCACCGGACGCUGGAACGUGUCCUCCGCGGUGGCGGAGAAGAAGGACAAGGAGCGGUGGUGGCACACGGAGAGAGGCCGGUGGCAUCAGCCGCAACUCGCGUGA